GUUGCUCACCUGACGAGUGUUGCUAUCAGACAUGCGUCGCAGCGAAAUCGCCAUGAUUCUCUCCUGGCUUUGUCUGGCACUCUUUGUGUCCGUUGGGACAACCACAACUGAGCCAGAUACAACCACAACUGAGCCAGAUACAACCACAACUGGGCCGGAUACAACCACAACUGAGCCGGAUACAAGCACAACUGGGUCGGAUACAACCACAACUGGGUCGGAUACAACCACAACUGUGCCGGAUACAACCACAACUGAGCCGGAUACAACCACAACUGAAGUAGGAACGGCAACAUCUGAAGUAGGAACGGCCACAACUCAACCAGAUGUAACCACACUUGUCGUAGGAACAACCACACCCACGCCAUCGAUCGACGACCAAAUUCAGGCGCUUCAAGUGCAGAUUGAUCAACUGACUGCGCAAACACAGGCCCUUCUUGAAAAGAUAACUAGUCUCAAGGUGCUCCAAAUGGGCCUCAGUAGGUUGUUUGACCUGCUCUCCGGUGGUGUAAGGCGGAAGAGGUCAAUUACAGACCCUGACAUCAGCGUUAGUGGCGGCGUCAUGAUGAUCAUCCCCGUCUGUACUGUCCCUACCUCCGCCUGGGCUGGAUCUCCUGACAAUGUGCUGACGAGAGUCCUGCUCCGGAUCAUAGCGGACAUUGCAGCCGCGAGCAACGAUGAAAUCACGUGCUUUAAGAAUGUCAUUGUGGAGUUCUCUACUCUACUGAUAAAUGGUGAUAUCAGUUUUGACCUGUCCAGCUUAGAAGGUCUGGAAAGCAAAAUAUCAACGGCGAAUGAAACCAUUACGCCACUGAUUGACGAUCUUUCAAGCGAUCUAGACUCUCUGAACGAUCAGGUCCGAGCCUUAUCUAAUCUAAUUGAGGAACUGCGAAAUGAUCAAUAUGAAGAUAUAACCCCAACUGGGCCGGAUACAACCACAACUGAGCCGGAUACAACCACAAUUGGGUCGGAUACAAUCACAACUGAGCCGGAUACAACCACAACUGUGCCGGAUACAACCACAACUGAAGUAGGAACGGCAACAUCUGAAGUAGGAACGGCCACAACUCAGCCGGAUGCAACCACAGCUGAAGUAGGAACAACUCUGCCAGAUGUAACCACACUUGUCGUAGGAACAACCACACCCACGCCAUCGAUCGACGAACAAUUGCAGGCGCUUCAAGUGCAGAUUGAUCAACUGACUGCGCAAACACAGGCCCUUCUUGAAAAGAUAACUUGUCUCAAGGGGCUCCAACUGGCCCUCAGUAGGUUGUUUGGCCUGCUCUCCGGUGGUGUAAGGCGGAAGAGGUCAAUUACAGACCCUGACAUCAGCGUUAGUGACGGCAUCAUGAUAGUCAUCCCCGUCUGUACUAUCGCUGACUCCACCUGGUUUGCAUCUCCUGACUAUGUGCUGACGAACUUCCUGCUCCUGAUCAUUAGGAACAUUGCAGCCGCGAGCAACGAUGAAAUCCUGUGCUUUAAGAAUGUCAUUGUGAAGAUCUCUACUCUACUAAUAAAUGGUGAUAUCAGUUUUGACCCGUCCAGCUUAGAAGGUCUGGAAAGCAAAACAUCAACGGCGAAUGAAACCAUUACGCCACUGAUUGACGAUCUUUCAAGCGAUCUAGACUCUCUGAACGAUCAGGUCCGAGCCUUAUCUAAUCUAAUUGAGGAACUGCGAAAUGAUCAAUAUGAAGAUAUAACCCCAACUGGGACGGAUCCAACCACAACUGAGUCGGAUACAACCACAAUUGGGUCGGAUACAAUCACAACUGAGCCGGAUACAACCACAACUGUGCCAGAUAUAACCCCAAAUGGGACGGAUCCAACCACAACUGAGGAACUACGAAAGGAUCAAUAUGAAGAACUUCCUGCAGCACCUCGGAACAAGGCUCGUCUUCAGAUAAUGGUUGAUCAGAGAGUGAACUUUGGCUAGGAAGAACGAACAUCGCUACAGAUCAUGGCAUUUGUGCAUUUUGCUAUACAAGUGCCUCGUGGAUUUCAUAUGCAUUAACCCGUUUUCUGAAAUCGCCGCCAGCCGAGAGUUCUAUAAAAAGUUACAAAUUCGGACAUGAUUUAGAGUCGUAUUUCAUUGACCCGUUUUCUGAAGUUGCCGCCAGCCGAAAAAAAAUCAUAGAAAGUUAUUAAUUCGGUGUUCAUUGUUGUGGGAAUUGUUACAUGAAUAUAUUUUUUUUUACCUAAUUCCCUUCUUAUAACUUUGGGUAAAAGGUAUCUUACACUGUCAACAACUUUCAUAAAGGAAUAGUGAACCAAAAUCGAAACUGGUAGUUGAAGUUUACAGUCAUGUAUUCAAAAUUCAUUAGAGCAAUAUAAAUGAUAUUUCUAUGAAUUCGCAUGUAAGUUUUAUCAUCAUUAAAUAUUUUGCAAUGGUUA